CCUACUCCCUUGAUACUUUUCGAAGUCUCCGAAAUACUUUGUAAAGAAAUCGAGAAGAUAAGCUUUCGCCAAGUUGAUCAAGCUGAUUUACCUAGGUAUCGUACGUUAAUUCAUCUGCAAUUGCUUAUGUCAGAGUAAGAUGACAGUGGAUCUGCUCAAGGGUGUGGAUAAUUGCUCCUUUUCAUUUCUUCUGACUCUCAACCAUUUCCAUUUAUAGUUCUCGUUUGAUUCUUGGAGCUUGGAAAUUCAUCAUGGGCUCCAAUGAUAUCUCUCCACCCCAUGUACCCUCAUACGUGGUACCCGUCUCCAAUGCCUUACUUCAAGCCGGAGGAGGGCUUUGGACAAUCACCUACAUCCUCAUGGCUCGUCAAUCCUUCAAAGACCGUACGUACGGCAUGCCCUUCUUCGCCCUCGCCUUGAAUUUUGCCUGGGAAAUAGUUUACGCUCUCUACGUUGCCGAAAUGCCUUUGGAACGCUUCGUCUUUACUGUCUGGCUAUUGCUCGAUUGUGCUAUGGUUUAUGGCCUCUUGACAUCUGGAAAAGAAGAGUGGAAUCAUGCUCCUUCUAUGAAGAAAUAUCUUGGAACUAUUUUCUGGAUUACUACAAUUUGGUGCACGGUUGGUCACUGGGCAUUUGCCAAAUGGUGGUUGGAUAAUGAUGUUGGUCAGAAAGAGGGCAAGUUCUAUAUGGGAAGAGUUGGACCUGAUACUACAGAGCUCGGAUUCUGGUCCGCGUUGAUCUGUCAGGUGAACCUCAGUGCUGCUAGUCUGGUAAUGUUGCUCGUCAGGCAGCAUACGGGAGGAGUGAGUUGGAAAAUCUGGGGGUCGAGGAUGUUGGGAAGUGUUUUUGGAUUGUACGGAAAUUAUGGGUGGGAGUGGUGGAUGUGGAGAGAGGCACAUGAGUACUUUAUGAGCCCAUUUGCGGUUUUCAUGUGGGUGACUUGUUUGGUGUGUGAUUUGGUAUAUCCCUUCUUCUUUGCUCGGAUCAGGAGGACAGAGAAAGUGUUGUUGGAUGGAAGAAAAGCGCCGGGGAGUAUAGAGAUUGAAGGAAAGAAGUCUCGAUAAAGAUAUUCGAUGGGAAACUUGUAGCUUGAAGGGUAGCCAAGGAGAUCGAUAUGUAGAUAUUCUGUG